CACUGGUGAUGUACGUGGUGAGCGGGCUGGGCGUGACAUGCGGCGCGCACCGGCUGUGGACGCAUCGCUCCUACAAGGCCACGCUGCCGCUUCAAGUGCUGCUGCUCUUCAUGUUCUCCUGUGCUAGUCAGACAUCAGUCCGCCUAUGGGCUCGCAACCACCGCCUGCACCACAAGCACAGUGACACACACGCUGACCCGCACAAUGUGGGCCGCGGCUUGUUCUACGCGCACAUCGGCUGGCUCAUGAUGAAGAAGCACCCUGAGGCACUGGCCAAGGGGAAGACUAUAGACAUCAGUGAUAUUGAGAACGAUCCGCUGUUGAGGUUUCAUGAGAGAAACAUCCUCUGGAUCAACGGCCUCUGCUGCUUCAUACUGCCCACGUUAGCAGGCGUGUGGUUGUGGAACGAGCGCUGGUGCACCGCGGUAGCCUGGCAGUGCUUCAUACGUUACGCUUCUGCUUUCCACUGCGAGUUCACUGUGAAUAGCUUCGCUCAUGCGUAUGGGUAUAGGCCUUAUAACAGCACAAUACCCCCUGCAGAAUCCUGGUACGUGUCUCUCACGACUUUGGGCGAGGGUUACCACAACUACCACCACUCGUUUCCCUUCGACUACAAGGCGGCGGAGACCUGGGACCUGCUGAACCUGUCCACGGCCUUCAUACGGGUGUUCCGCAGCAUCGGCUGGGCGUAUGACCUCAAGGAGGCAUCUGAAGAGUCGGUGAAAGGUCUGAUGGAGAGGCUCGGGAAGUCUGCUGCGACGUGAUAUAGAAUAUAGGUUUACAUAUUAAUUAUA